GGCUUCACGGGUACGAUUGGUUCCACAACGUACUUUCAAGAGCAUUACCUUCGUUUUCUCCGCGUCUGUCGCGCCACUCUCGUCUAAGCUCUUCUGGUUCUGUGCGGGCGUCUCGCACGUCUCCUAGCUACCCUGUCCUCGGUUUUGCAGCUGUGCCCGUCAUCCAGAGAUGGCCAGCCUACUUUCCUCGUCUUUGCAGGGGACUCUCCUCAAGAUUCCUGCAGGCUCCGUUUCCGCCCCUCCGUCUCGCACGCUCACCGCCGUAGUCGCUCACAGCGGCGCAUUUCCCGCGAGGAAACAGACCGCAGCCAGAAGACCGCUGUCGACGCCGCUGCGAGCGUCGGAGUUGACGGCGAUCGACACGUUUACGUCGGAGCUGGAAGAGCUCGAGGGAAUGGUUGACGGAGAGUACGAGGAGGUGCCGGUGCACACGGUGACGGUUCACGACAGGGUGCGAGGAACGACGUACACGGUCGAGGUGCCUCAGGAUCAAUACAUCCUCCAAACAGCGGAAGAGGAAGGCAUCAAGUUGCCCUUCGCAUGCCGACAUGGCUGCUGCACUGCCUGUGCUGUCCGGGUGAUAUCUGGUGAGCUGGUGCAACCAAGGGCGCUUGGCAUUUCGCAAGAGCUCAAGGAGAAGGGUUACGCCCUGCUGUGUGUGGGGAUUCCGCUUUCAGACCUUGAAGUGGAGACACAGGACGAGGAUGAAGUGUACUGGCAGCAGUUUGGCAAGUACUUUGCACGAGGUCCAAUUGAGCGUGACGAUUAUGCUCUGGAGCUUGCAAUGCAAGACGAGUAAAUGCUGGCUUGCACAGGAUGGGGAUUUUAUUGCUUUGUUUGAGCCUAUGCUGCUUAUCCUUGUCAGCCGCUUGUUCAGCAUAAUAAAGUUCCUCCUUUGCCCUAGUCAUGGCGUAGGUUAGAUAUGUCUGAAAAGUUGCUUCUGGUGGCUGCAUAUGUGCUCCAGGCCAUGGGUGAUGAGACUCCUACGUGAAUGUUUGCCCUUUGUUACAUUAGAGUGCAU